GAAUCCUUCCAGCCAACGACCAUCCGCUCGUCGGCUUCCCGCGCCGGCUGGGGCCUGAUCAGAUGCUGACGCUCCUCUCCCUCCGACCCCCGCCGCCCGCCGUCGCAAGCAUUCUCCCCUCCGCCGCCGCCGCGCAGAGCCGUCCUCCACUGCUCCGCGCUCGCCGCACGGCCGGUCCUCCCCCGCCUUCAGCCGCCGCCGCCGAGUUCCCUGCCGGAUCGGUUCCGGGCAGCGGUACGCAGAUGCCGCCGCGCCGCCGCCGGCUCGUGGCCGGCAUCGACCAGGACGAGCUCCUCGACCCGGACGCGCUCGCGGAUCCUGACAGCAGCUUCUACGAGUUCAACGGCGUCAGGGUCCACCACAAGGUAUGCGCCCAUGGCGAGGACGAGGAUUCGGGCGGCCAGUCCUCGGGCUCCGCCGUCGCCAGGAGUCAGGUCGGGCUGCCCAUAGUGCUGCUUCACGGCUUCGGCGCGUCGGUGUUCUCCUGGAGCCGCGUCAUGCGGCCACUCGCCCGCAUCGCCGGCGCCAAGGUCCUCGCCUUCGACCGGCCGGCGUUUGGCCUGACUUCCCGGACCAGACGGUCCGGCGAUGACACCAAGCCUCUCAACCCUUACUCCAUGGCCUUCUCGGCCAUGGCCACACUGGCAUUCAUAGACCAACUCGGCGCCGGGAAGGCCGUCCUUGUUGGGCACUCUGCCGGCUGCCUCGUUGCAGUGGAGGCGUACUUCGAGGCGCCGGAGCGGGUGGCGGCGCUAGUGCUGGUUGCACCGGCGAUUUUCGGGCCGAGGAAGGGUGAGAAAGAGAACAGCGUAGGGGAGCAGGAAGGGGCAGACAAGAAGGAUUCUGAUGAUAACAAGGCAGCACCAAAUCCAUUUGCUAGGAUAUGGAGAGGGUUUCUUGGCAUGUGUAUGUGGCUUGCAGGGCUUGUUCUGAAGUUGGUCAUGGCAGUGCAGGAUACGGUCAGAGCUUUGUCUUCUAAGCUUCUUGUGGCUUUUCUACGCUCUUCAUUGGCGGCGAGUCUGGUGAGAUUGAUCAUGGAUAAAUUCGGCGUAACGGGCGUUCGUAAUGCAUGGUAUGACCCAAGCAAAGUAACUGAUCAUGUUAUUCAAGGCUACACCAAGCCACUAAGAUCCAAGGGAUGGGAGACGGCUCUCUUGGAGUACACUAUAUCCAUGAUUACAGAUUCUUCACCAAAGUCAAGAGUGCCAGUCUCGAAGAGGCUCUCUGAGAUCUCAUGCCCAGUGCUAGUGGUGACUGGCGACACAGACCGCCUUGUUCCAGCUUCGAAUGCUGAACGCCUAGCACGUGCGAUUCCUGGCGCGGCCUUUGAGGUGAUCAAGAAUUGUGGGCACUUGCCCCAGGAGGAACGAGCUGAAGAAUUCCUUUCAGUCGUCGAACGGUUCCUACAGAGAGCAUUUGGAACUCCAGAUGAGCAUGUGUUCCAAGCAGCUGUAUGAUGACACAUGCUGGUAAAUGCAUAUGCAGAACAGAUGGACCUACACUUGUCUCGACAGGGAUAACGAGGAAAAUGAUAUGCAGUUUAACGAUUGGAGAUCUAUCAUUUAAUAGCCUUGGAUGUUUAUAUACAACGAAGCAAGCAUUAUUGUGCAAAGUUGGAUAAGAGAAUCUUACUACACAAAAUCCAGAGGCUAAGAAGAAUUCAUUGGAUUGGUUGGUCCAGUCGAAUCAUCACCCUGAAGUAACCGUUUCCUGUAACUAAAACUUUCGGUUUUGUAAAGUGGUAGAUCAAAGUGUGUUUUCAGAAUGUCAUAGCUAUAUCAACUACUGUUUAAUCUUUUGUAUAUAGUUGAAAUCCUGCACACAUCUCCCUUGAUUUAUUCAUGUUGUCGUCAACCCUGCAACAUUACUUGAUGAAGAAAAAAAUCCCAAUAAAAUUUCAACAGCA